CUCGUUUCGUUCCCCCAACUUCGCCAGUUCGUUUCUCCUUUCCUAACUCUCUCUCUCUCGCAGAGAAGCUUUGUAAAGCUUGAAGCCAUGGCGUUUAGGGUUCGAAAUCCUAAUUUACUUUCCUUGAUCCUUCUAUCUCUCGUUGCUAUCGCUUCGGCUAAGGUGUUUUUCGAGGAGCGUUUUGAUGAUGGAUGGGAGAAGAGGUGGGUUAAAUCCGACUGGAAAAGAGACGAAAGUUUAGCGGGAGAAUGGAACUACACCUCUGGAAAAUGGCACGGAGAUGCUAAUGACAAAGGUAUCCAAACUAGCGAAGAUUACAGAUUCUAUGCUAUUUCAGCCGAGUUCCCUGAAUUCAGCAACAAAGAUAACAUUCUUGUUUUCCAAUUUUCCGUCAAGCACGAACAGAAGCUUGAUUGUGGAGGUGGAUACAUGAAGUUACUUAGUGGUGAGGUUGAUCAGAAGAAAUUCGGUGGUGAAACUCCUUACAGCAUCAUGUUUGGCCCAGAUAUCUGUGGCUACAGUACCAAGAAAGUGCAUGCUAUUCUCAACUAUAACAACACUAAUCACUUGAUCAAGAAGGAAGUUCCCUGUGAGACUGACCAACUCACUCAUGUUUACACCUUUGUCAUUCGUCCUGAUGCAACUUACAGCAUCCUCAUCGACAAUGUAGAGAAGCAAACAGGUAGUUUGUACAGUGAUUGGAGCCUCCUCCCUCCAAAGAAGAUCAAGGAUCCCGAAGCCAAGAAGCCUGAGGAUUGGGAUGACAAAGAGUACAUUCCUGAUCCAGAAGAUAAGAAGCCAGAGGGGUAUGAUGACAUCCCUAAAGAGAUAACGGAUCCUGAUGCCACUAAGCCCCAAGACUGGGAUGAUGAGGAAGAUGGUGAAUGGGUGGCCCCAACCAUUCCCAAUCCCGAAUACAAAGGCCCAUGGGAGCCUAAGAAAAUUAAGAACCCUAACUACAAGGGAAAAUGGAAGGCACCAUUGAUUGACAACCCAGACUUUAAGGAUGACCCCGAGCUCUAUGUUUACCCCAACUUGAAAUAUGUUGGUAUUGAGUUGUGGCAGGUGAAAUCUGGCACCUUGUUCGACAAUGUCUUGAUUACUGACGAUCCAGAAUACGCCAAGAAGGUUGCCGAAGAAACAUGGGGCAAGCACAAGGAGGUGGAGAAAGCUGCGUUUGAGGUGGCAGAGAAGAAAAGAGAAGAGGAGGAAGCCAAGAACGAUCCAGCUGAAUCAGAUGUCGAGGAUGAAGACGAAGACAAAUCAGAGGAUGCAGAUGACUCUGACGUAGAGGCAGAUUUGGACAAAAAGGACGAUGAUGGUGAGGACAAGGAUGACGACAAACAUGAUGAACUGUAAGGGAGAAGAGGUGGAGUUCGCUUGAAGAAAUUUUCCCUGUCCCCCUUUUGUUUUUUGUUUUUGUUUUUCUAGGUGUAGAAUUAUCCCUUGCAGAAAAGAAACAGUCUUCUUGAUUUGCUUUCAUGCAUGAAAUGAAUGACUGAUUUGCUUAUAAUUUCAGUUUUUAUUUCAGCCGCCAUUAGGAAAAGAGAUAAGAAAAAAAUAGGACAAUUUUAUGAAUCGAUGUGGGGUCUUGUGCUGGAUUUUAAAUUGAGUUCUCUUGCAAAAAUAUUAUAUUCUCUUGUUUGGAUCCCUAA